AAUGUUAUAUGGUUGUACAUCUGUGAGAUUUUGUUAUACCGUGAAUUGUUGCAUUUGGCGUUAUAUCAUUAUUUCGGGUAUUUGGAACAUUGUUAAAAUUUGAAAAUUUCAAAAAAAUCCGUGAAAGGAAUUUUGAAAAACGUUCCUUAUUAAAUAAACGACGUUGAAAGUUAUUUGUGGUCAUAGUACUGCAAUGUGUCCUAUCACUGUGGAAAGGAAUAAUAACGAAUCUCAUUCCUGGGACGGUUCAAAGCAAGUUCGUGUCGGACAACUCUGCACCCCAGUGGGCACCCUGCACAUAAGUGUAGCUUACCGUACCAAGAUGACCAUCUCCCCAACAGCUUCUGGUGGUGUCGCGGUUGCCGGUGGUGCUGGACCUGUUACCGGAAACGGAACGAGUGGUAAUAAUACCAGAGACAACUUAUUGAUGUUGAAAAGCGAUCAUUUCCGGAGAGAUGCCAGCCCGAAGAGGCAGAACACCAGGCUCGGCAGAGUUGUAAAUGAAAAAAAAGUCAUUGAUCUGAAUAAACCGAUGCGACCAGGAGCUUUUGUUGAUGUGUCCAGAGUAAAGAAAUAUACUGAACAAGACUAUUUAUUACCUGAAGAACCUGCUUUUAGUUGGUUGCUUACCAAAAAGGAUGAAGUAAAUAACAAAAAGAAUAAGUCACCAGACACAAAUGGUGACUAUGUUAUAAAUGAUAUGUCUGAUGAUAAUUUAGAGUGCCAAAUUGAUGCAAAUUGUUGCAAUAAUAAUAAUGAUCCAUGUAACCACAAUCACAAUCAGAAUGAUGAUGCUAAUCAUGAUGAUAAGGAUAAAUCUGAUGAUGAUAGCAUGGAACGAACACUUUCUGCAGAGAGUAUGACAAACUGGAAUAGAACCAGUAAAGAUAGUGAUGACAAUGAAGGAAGUCCAAGAACUCAGGAGAAACGAAAAUCAAGGUGGACAUUACCUGUUGAAGAUGAAAAAUUAAUGAAAGAACUUCAUUUUCCAUUUGCCACAACAAGUUCUCCAAUUGGCGACCUGGCCAGGUUCUAUCGUGAAUGCUAUCAUGCUCCACCACUUCAAACAUUUGAUGCACCUGAAAUGAAACCCAUUGAUGCGAUAGGUGAUGUCACCGAACAGUUACAGCAGUUUGAAGUCUCAUUAGGUGAAUUUGAUUCAAUGGUCAGCUCAUUAUGCCAAUCGGGAAAUAACAAUAGUUCUUAAUUAUUUGACUGGUUAUUGAUAGAUAUAAUUAUCUCUGGAAUAUGUGAUGUGUGCACUUAAAUUAAGUGUCAUGUGUUGAGUCAGUUUUUAUAUGAUAAAAAAUGAAUGCUGUUGCAAUAAACCACGUUUUUAAAAUGUGGAUGAUUUAUUAUCAAAUUUAUUGCAAUUUUUAUAUAGAUUAAUAUUAUAUAUGCAAACUUGAGUCAGAUAUUUAUCAAAACAUUAUGAACACAUAUUUGCAGUCAAGAGUAAUAAAUAUUAGCAAGAAUGGUAAUGAAUUUUAAAAUUUUG